CAGCCUGUUGUUGUGUUCUCCGGUUCAGUCAAAAGUUGACAAUGAUGGCUUCUUAGCUUGAAUUGACUCAAUUCAAAGUUGGUUGUAUGUACAACCUGAGGAUAUUCACUAAAAUUACUCAUCAAAAUUCAAAUGCAAGUUUAACAAUUUUUCUGUGCACCACAUUCACCGUUUGACAGUUGAAACCCCAACGCUUCGACGUUUUCACCAUUUCGCUAUACCGUCUGAUAUAACGGUUGUGAAAACCCCACCUAAAAAUGAGUGCUUUGGAAGUGAUUGGUCUACUCUUUUGCCUAUAUUUAUUGUGGAGCAUUGUCAGUGCCUUGUUCAACUUGCUAUACACGUGCUACUUGGGGAAUGCACUAGGCCGUUCUAUCAACGUCAAGAAACUAGGCUCAUGGGCCGUUGUCACGGGAGCCACAGAUGGAAUUGGUAGAGCAUACGCCGAGGAGUUGGCCAGAAAAGGUUUAAAUAUCGUGCUGAUAAGUCGGUCACUCUUCAAGCUUCAAAAUGUUGCUCGUGAAAUAGAAACCCAGUAUGCAGUUAAAACCCGAGUGAUUGAUGUUGAUUUUACGGGUGGACGAGAAAUCUACGAUCGCAUUAGUGCCCAGAUUCAAGAUUUGGAUGUUGGUGUGUUGGUCAACAAUGUAGGCAUGUCCUACAAUUAUCCAGAAUUUCUCUGCUAUCUACCUGACGCGGCAGCCCUCUGCACACGUCUGAUGCACUGCAAUAUAUUGUCCGUCACGGGUAUGACACUCCUCUUACUGCCCAAAAUGGCAGAAAAACGUAAAGGCCUUAUCCUUAACGUCUCAUCCGCCUCGGCUGUCCUACCUUCGCCUCUACUCUCCAUGUACUCCAGCACAAAGGCUUUCGUCGAGAAAUUCAGCCGCGAUCUGUCCUUAGAGACUCGACACUUUGGUGUGACGGUGCAAUGCGUGCUGCCUAGUUUCGUGUCCACAAAUAUGAGUAAAUUCAAGUCCAGUCUGACCGUACCCAGUCCCACCCAGUUUGUCCGUGGUCACAUGAAAACACUCGGUCUUGAAGUAUCUUCCCCUGGAUAUUGGGUGCAUAAGAUUCAGAUCGGCUUUUACAACGUAGCGCUAAGCUUUUUCCGACCGGUCGUUGAACGCAUCGCUUGGUAUGGUCUCUUUUCCAUCCGCACGCGAGCUGUCAGACGCCAACAGAGACUCAAGAUGGCGGAAGUAAAUUCCGAUAAAUUACGUAGCGGCACAAAUGGUGUAGGAGUCCAGCCGGUGCAUUAAAGUAUUUUGUUUUUUUCAUUCAAUGCUUCUUCAUCAGAAAGAAACCCAUCAAAAGGACAAUACCCUUCACGCUUUCUGCUGCUCAUUGUUGUGUUAUAUGGCUAUUUUGGUACCAGGCACAUAUAAAUUGUUUUCUCUCCCCUCACCUGCUGUUUAUUAAUACAUCUAGUUGUCAGUA